GGCGGCGCACUAGUGUCAGUGACUUCAACGCCCGACGGUUCAGUUUCUGGCUGUCCGAGUAGUGUGUGACGUCAAUAUACUAUAAUAUUAUACACCGCCACACGCCGAGUAAGAGUUUUCGAAAGAAAAAAACUGUCUUGAAGAUUCGAAAAAUCCGUUUGACAUUUUUUUAAAUUUUAUACAAAGUUUAGCGCUAUUUCAUUUUUGUUUCCGGUUUCGGUUUAUAGCCGGUUCGUUGGUGUUUUUUUUCGCCCCGUUCUGACGGAUAAGUGCUUUUUUCGAGUGAUACUAAUUAAGUGUGUGUGUUUUGUGUGCGCUCGUGUUACGCCCGCGACAAUUGAUAUCGAUUGUUCCACACGAAAAUGUGAUUAAGCCCUGUCACGUGACCGUCCAUCAUGAGGAGUAAACUAGCAAAAGCCGCCAUAGUUUUGUGGCUAGUCGCCAUUUUCGUUACAGGUGAAGCGCUGAGCAAUGACCACCGACCUGAAGAACAAGUGCGCGUUAGGCGGCGUCACUUGGACUCGGCGACGAAAACUCACGACUCAAACGAGAUCGACGAGCCGCACCGAGUCGGACGCAUGUCGCUGACAGAAGUCCAACGACCGGAGCCUACGGUUGCGUGCGCAGGCCGUUGUGCGACGAGAAACGAGAACGACGUUGUGGAUGACACGUUGGGGCUCGUUGACAGGACGGCCGUUUCGGGCGCGUCCGCGGCCGUCGUCUUCGACGAGGAGACGUCGCCAUCGCAGUACUAUUACGAGUACGUGGGCCCGACACGGAGUUCGGGGGAAGCCAAGAGGGCUUCGUCGCGUGGCAGAUCACUCGUACCGACGACGGAGCCCAAUACUGCACAGCGUCCGCUAGCGGGUGCGACGUCGACGGCGGGUACCGAGAAGACCCGUAAGGCCGGCAACAGCGACAUGGAAGACAUACUGGACGGGUUCGUGAAAUUGUUGAACGGACAGCAGGCCCAAGGGAUGCGACAGCCGCCCAAGUCGCGAAUCAACAAUCGCGGCCCGCCCCGCAUAUCAGACGCGCCCGUCGUGAUCGAACCGCCCGCGUUUUUGCCCAUGCCCCAACAGAGCAUAAGUAUCAAUAACAAUAACAAUAAUAACAAUAACAAUAACAAAAUUUUGCAAAAAGACCCUCCUCCCUACCCGUUCGACAUACCGCAGCAACCCGUCCGGACGCUUCCUCCGCAACCGCCCAGUCUAGUCAAACCGUUCUUGACUGGCGUGCCGCUACCCGAACAGCUGGUGCCCACCGAAGAGAUUUCCUCGUACGACGACCAGAUAGGUUUGCAGCCGCCGCCGCCACCCCCGCCAUCUAGAAGACCGUCGCCCACGUACCAGACGUCGGCCAAACCACAACAGGACUACAACGUGGCGUCCCAACAGUAUAACCGAACGAGCACACCGGAACCGGAAAGGGCGACCGUGCCGGACAGAGUGACCGCGCCGACGGUGGCAGACAGGGACAGAACGACGGAAAAGCCACCGGCCACGGACGAUCCUCAGAUGGACAUCAACGCGACCCGAGUGCUCGGCGUCCAGGUGUCCAAGAUCGUCAAUCACUUGCAGUCUUCGCCGCCAGCGUUCCCAUCGUCGCCGGCCGGACACGUCGAAAAAGUGACCGUCACUCCGGCCAUCGAGUCGACGACGGCAAAACCCACAUCACCGACCACAAACUCGACGGCCGCACCCACCGAAUCCACCGCGGGCGCGGAACUCAUCACUGGCGUCGGGUCGGCCGUGGUCGUGCUAGAACCGUCCACUUCCGAAGUGCCACAUCGAGAAGACACGCACAAGCCUACGGACAAUAAGUUGCCGGUCAAACCGACAGCGCCUGUGAAGAAAACCUCACAACAGUCGGAGGGAUUCCCGUAUUAUUCACGUCCUGGCAUCGUGUUGGACGACCCGGAAUUCAAACCACAUAUCGGGGGCCAACGUCGACCCAUCCAAGUGCAAGUGCCAAGCAAAGGAGACGUAUUCGACAUCAUGGUAUCGGCUAUUCAGGGACCGGGCGACAAAGCCGGACCUAUAACAGCCGACGAAAUAUCACCGUCGGGUGUCGGCAAAGGGGAAGUGUCUGUGAUAACUUCGGCUGAGCCUAAUCAACAGUACGUGUCCAUAGACGGCAAAAGGACUUACAUAAAUCUAUUUGGAUCGCCGGAACCCACGGCCGUAGCACCUCCGUCGAUCAAACCGACCAGCGCUUCGUCUGGGUCGUUUUCGGUCAGCCAAGUACUGCAGCAACCCCACGGCCCAGCGGCCGGGUCCGGAUCCGCAACGGCUAGCACAAAGGCUCCUGUGCCGGCUUGGAAACGACCGACACAUCCGCCGGUCAGGAUCGACACUUGCAUUGUCGGCGACGACUCCACGUGCGAUGCGACCCAACACGAAAGGUGUCGCACCGAGAUGGGCGUGUCCUCGUGCCUUUGCAGACCAGGGUACAGCCGGCGCAAGCACAGGGACCCGUGUCACCGUAUCGUGUCGAUAGUGUUUUCUUUGCGUGUCGACCGGUUGUACGACACCAAAAUAACGUGGACUGACAAAUACAAGGACUCCGAGAGCCAAGAGUAUCAACAGUUGGAAUACGAAGCCGUAAGAGCGAUCGAUUCGGCGUUUUCGAUGACACCGUUCUCGGACACGUUCGUGGGCUCCAAAAUCAACAACGUUUACAUGUCAAAAACGACUCCUGGCACGCCGGUAAUGGUGAACGCCACGGUGCAGUUGACAGAAAACGCCGAACACUUGCGUUCCAGCGUCAAGCAAGACGUGCAAAAGCAGCUGACGGGCGCUUUGCAAAGGCGCAACAACAACGUGGGCACCAGCAAUCUCUGGGUUGACUCGCCGGCUGGAGCUGUUGCUCAGUUGCACGAUCUAGACGAGUGUGCCAGUCCUGAGCUGAACGACUGUCAUCCGCUUGGCAAAUGUACUAACUUGUUCGGUACGUUCCAAUGUGCUUGUCCCGACGGCUACAGAGAUCCUUGGAUUGGUAAUGUACAACGCAGCGGCCGGACUUGCGAGACCUGUGAUCCGGCCCAAUGUAACCUGCGCGGUGAAUGUUUCUUCCAGGCCGGACAGCCCGUCUGCAAGUGUUCCGGAUCUUUCUACGGCGCUCAGUGUGAGAUCGACGGUGAAGUGCUGAGCGUGGCCGUCGGCUCUUCGGUCGCGGCCAUUUCGAUUAUCGUACUUACCCUGGUGUGCUUGUGUGCUUGGAGCCGUCGGUGGAACAAAGAACAGAAAGUCGGUUCGCCGGUGUUUGGGUACAUGCCGACCGGCGGGAGCACGGUGAAAACGCCCGUCAUAGGCGGACCGCCUUACCAGGUGUCCAUCGAAGACCGCAUGCGGUGGGCUCAGAUCGCCGAUGCCAUGGCGCACGCAAACCAUUAUGCCCCCGAACCCGGCAACGGGACAAUGCGUUCUAAUAUGUUUGGAUAUGCUGGUGCACCGAUGCCCUUACCACGACUCCGGCCACCUGGUACCGGCACCAUGUCCCACGCAUUCCGAACUCCCGAAUCCAGCACUAGCGAAGAAGAAGACAGGACCGACCUGUUGGGUCGCAGCUUCCAAGCAUCUAGGCCCAAGAGCCGAUCGUCUCUCGCUAACCAGAGCGGUAUUUACUAUGACGUGGACUACGAACAACAGCAACAGCAACAGUCAGAAAUGUUCUCGCCCGGUUGCAUACCGCUUAGCACUUACACCAUAGGAAGUCGGUCCAACUACUACAGGGCAUGAUCAAGCACAUAUCCAUCCGAUCGGACCAGACUGAUGAUCAAGCUCAGGACACCGUAACAAUAGCGGAUUAUUAUAUAAUAUGAUAAACGUUUUAUUUAUUAUUAUCAUUAUAUUGUAAACUAAAUGAUAACGGUGUCAUCGACACGUACCUUACCCCUGAACAUGUAUACAUAUAAUAUGCCAUUGAAAAGUAUUAUUAAAAUAAUACAAUAAGUCGCGACGAUAAAGUAAUAAUUGUUUCCCUUACACGUUAGUUGUAAUUUGUAAAUAUAUAUAUAUAUAUAUACAUUAUUAUUAUUAAUGAAAGUUUAUGAUAAUAUGGUCUAAUAACGAGAAUAUUGUAUACUGUUGAUGUCAUAGGCGCAACUCGAACAGUCGAGAGUCGAUAUUAUCACUGGCCAAGUACUUCCACUGUCCAGUUUACCAAAAGUUAUUUUGGAGAAAUUAACAAUUAAAGUCGUUUCAGUUUUAAGAUAAAUUGUUUGUCUUGUUGUAGACAUUUUAUACAACUUUUGAUAUUCGCAUAGAACCGAUAACUAAGUUGUUAUUUGGCUUUGUAGUUGAUCUAGCCAUGAUACAUAUGUUUUUUUGUGCAAUAUGAAAAUUGCGCCGUCGAUAGAUACAAGUGGCUACUUAAAGUAUUUUAAGUACAGGGACUUUGGCGUGACUUCACCGACCGACAUAUAGAAAACUUGGUGAUGUCACGCCGCCCGAAAGACUUGCAUAACGCAAAUCCGUUUAGGAAUAUUUUUUAAAACUAUGUUUCUUCAUAAAUAUUAAGUAUUAUAUUCGUUUGGUACAUUUGUGUUAGCACGCAUGUGCAUGAUGAUAACGGUGGCGCCGAAGAAACCACCGUCGAUGUUUGAUCGUUGGUUGUACUCGCCAAUUUUUUUAAAAAUCAUUAUAAAAUAUACCGUACGUCAGCGACCAAAGCAAAAUUACAUAAUGGCAUCAAGUAUGACAAUAAUUAUAAAAUAUAAAUCCUUAUAACUUAGUCUUGUCGAAACUCCUCGAUAACAUGCUCUUAUGGUCUAAAAUGAAAUCAGUCCACUUAGCUGACAAAGCCUUUCAGUUGUUUAAAAAUAAAUUUGAACACCUCAAUUUGGCCCGCUUGGUCCCUGAUCAUUUGUUAUUAACACCGAGAAUGUAAUGCAAAUACUCUAAGAGUCAUUUACUGUCUUGGCACAUAAUUUAACAACCAACGGUCAAAUUGUUCUAAUUGUCAUUAUUUUUGUAAUAAUAUUGUAUUCGAUUAGUAGUACUAAUUAGGUAGAAGUCUCGUGGACAUUAUCCGGCCGUCGUUAUCGUUAUUAUUAUUAUUUUAUUUAUUGACUACAUAAUAUGUACACGUGUAGUACUGCUAUUAAUUUAACGUUAAGUUUGAUUCAAUUGUACAUUUUAUAUU